UGCGCUUUUAAAAUUGUGCUCAGUAAGUCAGGUGAAACUCCAAGACUUGUUGUUUCUAGCUUCUUCUCUUACCUAUCUUUUCUCCUCACUCUGAUCUUCAAUUCAUUACGUUCAAACAAAACAGCUGAAUUGGAAGAGAGCACGCAUUCUUCAGCCACUUCCUUGCCUGAAUUCAUGAACAACUUUUCGGCUAACAUUAAAGAAAAAGAUUCUACUUCCAAGCUGGGGAGCAUGAAUCUCGGUAACUUCUCUUCUGCGGCGUCAAACAUUUUAGACACUCAAAACUUCAGGUUAUUUGCCACAACAUGGAAUGUUGGAGGAAAACCCCCUCAUGAUGAGCUGAACCUAAAUGAACUCCUUCCCGCCAAUGAUCAAAUAGAUAUUUAUGUUUUAGGAUUCCAGGAAAUAGUCCCUCUGAAUGCCGGAAACGUGCUUGUUAUAGAAGACUGUGAACCAGCAGUGAAAUGGUUAACUUUUAUCAACCAAGCCUUAAACAGGCCACGAGGUGCUGAUGCUGCUAGCAAAGCAAAGACAAUCAACAGCCUGUUGCUCCUUCAGAAGCCUUCACUUGAAGAAGUCAGCAAAAUAUUUAGAACAGUGCAUGGAAGACAGCUCAAGGGGUGCAACUGCACUGCAGAAGUGGCAAAAGAAUACUAUAGAGCUUCAUGUUUCAGAUGCCCUUAUGCCUGUAUUAGUGAAAAAAAUUCUUCAGAGCAUGAACAGGAGGAAAGAAGCAAAUUCAUGGUGAUGGAUACAUAUGGGGCAACUUCUUCAACAACUAACCAACGGAGGUAUUGCCUCAUAGCUAGCAAACAGAUGGUGGGAGUUUUUAUUACUGUUUGGGUUAAGAGAGAACUUGCCCAGCAUGUAGGCCAUCUUAGAGUCUGCUGUGUAGGGUGUGGAAUCAUGGGCUGUCUUGGUAACAAGGGUUGCAUCUCAGUGAGCAUGACUUUGCAUCAGACAAGCUUUUGUUUUGUCUGCAGUCAUUUGGCUUCAGGAGAGAAAGAAGGAGAUGAACUUAGAAGAAACUCUGAUGUUAUAGAGAUACUAAAGAAUACAGAGUUCCCAAAUAUUUGCAAGACACCUGGUCGAAGAAUUCCUGAAAAGAUUCUUGAACAUGAUCGGGUCAUAUGGUUAGGCGACUUGAAUUACCGAAUUGCUCUGAGCGGCGCUGAGAUUAUGAAGCUUCUCAAGAGAGAAAAUUGGGUAGCCCUAUUUAAGAAGGAUCAGCUUAAGAUUGAAAGAGAAGCUGGGCGAGUGUUCAAGGGAUGGCAUGAAGGGAGAAUUUGCUUUCCUCCAACAUACAAGUACUCCAUGAACUCAAAUGUUUACACUCUAGAGGUUGUGGCAUCGAAAGAGACACGAAGAAAUCCUGCAUGGUGCGAUCGCAUACUAUGGCAUGGGAAUGGUAUUGUGCAGUUAUCUUACAGUCGAGGUGAGUCAAAAUUUUCUGAUCACCGGCCAGUACGUGCAGUCUUCAUUGUUGAAGUUGGGGUGCUUGUUGAUAAAUUGAAAAGGCAUCUGUCAGCCCCCAACAAAAAAGUUGGUGUAGAAGCGCUCUUACCUCCAAGUUCUGGUUACUUUUACUCUCUGAUUAUGUGA